AUGUCACCCUUGUAUAUCACACUACCGCCGGCUCUUCCUUCCGAACUCUUGACUUGGAUAUUGAAUCAUGGUGCUUAUCCUACCACUAUCUUGAUUUGCAAACCUCGCGCCGCGUUCAUCUCCUCCCUUCUCGCAGAUGUCACCUCGAGCACUCCACCAUUACCAUCUUCACCCAUCGACAUACCCUCCUCUCCCCCCAAUCCAGCGACUAGCGACGCGCAGCCUCAAACGCCCUCUCACUCACUCCUCAUCAAGACUCUACACCAGGUCUCCCUCUCACGUCAUAUAUCUAUAAUUUAUAUUCCCACGAUCUCUCAUUUGCGCGCCCAUCUCUCUGUCCUUUCCCCAGAUGCAGCUUCAAAGAUCGGAGCUCCACCAGAUCCAAAGUGGGACAAGGUGGGUAGAAAAAGGGCGAUGAUUGUUGUAUAUGGAUUGAUAGACUUACAUAGGGAUACAAGUGAGUGGAGUGCGCAGGGUUUAAAUAGGAGUUUGGCGGGCCUGGUUGAAAUUGGUGGAAGGGACAAGAGGGUGGUGGUGUGUUUAGAAGAGAGGGAUAGGAAAAUAGAAAGUAGUGAGUCAAUGGAAGUGGAUGGCGAUGGCAAUGAAGACAUUGCUGGUCCAACCAAUGACAGAAAUGGGUUUGAUUCAGGUGAGAACAUAGGACGAGACAAUAGAACCCGGAAGGUGUGGGAUGAACAUGUUCCGAUGCUCAAUGGAAGUGUGAGGCGCACUGGGUUAGAGAGUGAAGAUCGCGGUUGGAGUGGGAGAACCAUAGAGGUUGGCCAGAUAUUCGCAAGAUGGUUUGAUUUCGAAAAUGCAGAAUGGAGUCAUCGUACAUAG